CUUUCCUUUGCCACAAAGGCUUUUUUGUAGCUCUCUCUGUAUAAUCAAGAAAGAAGGAAGAAACUCUACAGAGAGACUCAAAAACAGAAGAAGGAUUCAUUGCUAAGGCACGUGCGAUAUAAUUAAUUAUUUAUUAUUAUUAUUAUUAUAGUUCUAUUUUUCUUCUCUUUUUCCCUUAUUUUCUGUUCAUCACAAGCUGAUCUCUUCUUAAUUUCUUUCUUUUGUGUGUUCUUUGUUUGGUUCAUUGAGAAGAAAGAGUUGUUGUUUAGAAAAUUUGGAGAAAAUAAGAUUUGGGUUUCAAAGGACAGAUCCAAAACAAGGGAGUAGUUUGAGUGAGCUUGAGGAGAAGAUGAAUACAAUUCCACAUGUUCCUCCAGGCUUCAGAUUUCAUCCAACAGAUGAAGAACUCAUAGACUAUUAUUUGAGGAAAAAAGUUUCUUCAAAAAGGAUUGAUUUGGAUGUCAUCAAAGAUGUUGAUCUCUACAAAAUUGAGCCAUGGGAUCUUCAAGAAUUGUGCAGAAUGGGAGGUGAAGAUCAAGAAGAUUGGUACUUCUUUAGCCACAAAGACAAGAAGUAUCCAACAAGCACUCGAACUAAUCGAGCUACAAAAGAAGGGUUUUGGAAAGCAACAGGGAGGGACAAGGCUAUUUACUCAAGGCAUGGCCAUGGCUUAAUUGGAAUGAGAAAAACCCUAGUCUUCUAUCGAGGACGAGCCCCGAAUGGUCUCAAGUCCGAUUGGAUCAUGCAUGAAUAUAGGCUCGAAACCUCCGAAAAUGGACCUUCUCAGGAAGAAGGAUGGGUGGUGUGUAGGGUUUUCAAGAAGAAAAUGACAACAAUCCAAAAGAUGGGUGAUUAUGAAUCACCUUAUUGGCAGGAGGAUCAAUUCUCCUUCAUGCCACACAUUGAUUCUCCGAAUCAAAUCUCUCACCCUUGCAAGCAUGAGGUUGAUCGUCAUCUUUGCUUCACCAUGUUCGAUGACGCUUUCCCUCAGCUCCCUCGACGCCCUGAGCUGAUCUCUGACGUCUCGUCGUGCAGCUACGAUCUUCGAGAAAAUGCCCCCUCCUUGUCUCAAACACUUUUGCAUGAUUUAGAUAACCAGUCGAUGGAUUGGCGAGCCAUGGACCGAUAUGUUGCGUCUCAGCUGAGCACGGAUCAAGAUGAUCGUCAUGGAAGAGAAGAAGAAGCAAAUUACUCUGAAGGCACCAAAUAUGCAAGUGAAUGAUGAACUGAAAAGCAUGGACUAUGAAGGUUUUCCUACGGCUUAAUGAAUGAACUCUAUUACUGGAGCUGAAUAAAUGUUUUACAUAGUAAAAAAACUUACAUAUUUAUGGUACUCAAAAGAAGUUUAUAUUUAAAAUAAGCACAUAUCAAUAUAUACUCAAUAUUUAUGUACUGCUUCAUGCACAUAUGAUUAAAUUAAAGUCGUAAACAUAUAUAUAUAUAUAUGUAUGUAUGUAUAUAUAUACAUACAUAUAUAUUUAUGAGCAAGUUUCAGAAAUAAUAGUAAGUAAUUUGCUGUCAUUUUUUUGACAUAAGUUCUCAUUACUUUACUUUUAGAACUAUUCAAAAGAUCUCAUAUCAAUGAAAAUAAUUGUUAACUGUUACCAUUUAUAUACCAUGGAUUUCCAUAUUGUGUGUUGUAUGUAUACCACGAGUCUCUAAUAUUUUCCAACUUGAAUAUAGUAUAUUUAAUGGUCUACAUAUAUGCAUGCAUGAUUAAAAAAAAAAAAAAAAAAGAAGUUCGAAUAGUUAAAUCUGUUUAGUAGAGAAUUUGAAAAUAAAAACUUGAAAAUAAGGAAUUCAAUAAAAACAAAGUUAUAUUUCUCUACUUGAAUGCUUUUUUUAUGUAAUUUUCAUCUUUUCUCUCUUCCCUUUUGACUGAUCUCACAGCUGGUUUCUCCCACUCUUUUGUACUCAUCACGUUCCC